UCAUUUAUUACUAAUAUUCAAGAAGCAACAUGACAUCUACUCGGCAGUGGCUACUGGCCAGUGUUGCGCUUCUGUGUGUUUGUGGAGCAGUUGAAUCUAAAAGGAAUUUCAAAUGUCCUUCAGGAUGCUCCUGCACCAAGGAGAGCAUCAUCUGCGUCGGGACUUUACAGAUCCCACGGACCAUACCGAACGAGAUCAACUCACUGAGCAUGGUCAAUGGAUCCAUUUCUGAAAUCACAGAAGGGAUGUUUUCACUUAUGCCUUCUCUCCAGCUGCUACUUCUAAAUGCUAAUUCUUUGACAACAAUCAAAGAUGAUGCAUUCUCUGGCCUUCCACAUCUAGAAUAUUUAUUCAUUGAAGGGAACAAGAUUGAAAUGAUCACCAAAAAUGCCUUUCGUGGUCUACGAGAUUUGACUCAUCUAUCGCUAGCCAAUAACAAGAUGAGGUUUCUCCCAAGAGAUCUGUUUUUUGACUUGGAUUCGUUAUUGGAACUGGAUCUGAGGGGCAACUCUUUCCAGUGCAUUUGUGACAACAAGUGGCUGAUGAUGUGGCUGAAAAACACAAAUGCCACGGUGUCGGAUGUCUUCUGCGCAGGCCCCGGUGACAUGAAGGGCAAGCGGCUCAAUGACCUUCCUAUUCCACCGGGCGAGUGUAUCUCAACAGACUUUGUGCGUCAUCAGUCCAUUUCCAUUCAGUCCAUGUCCGCGGACAUCUUCGCCUUUAAAGAGGACAUCUAUGUGGCGAUGGCUGCGCCCGACUCCAACAGCUGUGUGGUCAUGGAGUGGGAUCACAUUGAAAUGAAUUUCAGGAAAUUUGACAAUAUAACAGGAAAGUCUGUUGUUGGCUGCAAGUCGGUUCUGAUCGACGACCAUAUCUUGAUCAUUGUUACCCAGCUCUUUGGUGGCUCCCAUAUAUACAAGUUUGACAAUCGUCAAAACAAGUUCACAAAGUUUCAAACCAUUGAGGUCUUCAACAUCUCGAAGCCAAAUGAUAUUGAGGUCUUCCAAAUGGACCGUGAAUGGUACUUUGUGAUUGUGGACAGCUCCAAGGCAGGUUUGUCUACUCUGUACAAGUGGUCAGACCAACCAGACCGCAAUGAAACUGGUUUCUACUCCUACCAGUUUCUCCACGAGUGGUUUCGUGAUACAGAUGCUGAGUUUGUUGAGUUGGACGGGAAGUCCUAUCUCAUCUUGACCAGUCGCUCUCAGUCCCCUGUCAUCUACCUGUGGAACAAGAGCACCCUGAAGUUCAUAUUUCACGGGGAAAUCCCACAUGUGGACGACGUGGUGGCAGUGAAGGCUUUCCGGGUGGAGGGUGAGUUGUAUCUGGCCAUGACUUGCUACAUCGGUGACUCCAAAAUCCUCAAGUGGACCAAUAAGCAGUUCACUGAGGUGCAGGCUCUUCCUUCUCGUGGCGCAAUGAUCCUCCAACCUUUCACAUUCACAGACAAGCACUACCUGGCUCUUGGCAGCGAUUAUUCUUUCUCGCAAAUAUACCUCUGGGAUGUGGAGACCAAAACGUUCCACAAGUUCAAGGACAUUUAUGUCCAGUCACCCCGGUCCUUUACAGCAGUGACCACUGACCGGAGGAAUUUCAUCUUCUCCUCCAGCUUCAAGGGCAAAUCGAUGGUGUUUGAGAAUAUCAUUGUAGAUUUAAGCUUGUAA